AUGUCCUCUGUUUUGGUGCGCGCGGGAUGCAGCACUCGUCCCGUAUGCCAUCCUAAACAGAUCAUGCCAGAACUCCGUCUCAUUUCUGGUGCCAGGCUUACACGCAGCUCGCUAUUGCUGCUUCCACGUUCCCAAGCCUUGUUCCCAAGCAGCAGAGGCAGCGACAGCAGCCGCUGUAUCCUCGGUAUCGCUUCUAUCUCCUCGCUUGGGAGCGCUGGCGCCAGCACCAGCGACAACAGGGGCGAUGACACAGUCACCGGUUCCGAAAAUUGCCCUAAAAGACAGCUUCAAUUUAAGGAUCAUCGGCUCAUCUACGAACACCUGCGAACGGAUGAACUGGUACGAACGCUCCUAGUACUGCGCCUCUGCUCACUACCGCUGUUUGUACGACAUGUCGACCAUCUGUUGCAUGGCAGUACGGCAAGAUCCUCCAACGAUGUCGUCGCGAACGGCAGCGGCAGCGGCAGCGGCAGCGACGUAUUCCCAGGUUUUAGUGGUGGCGCGUUUCCGGCUCUGCGACAGGAUCCGUCACCGAGGGAAACGGCGGAUCGCGGCGGUGGCGGCGGCGGCGGCGCCGCCGCCGCCGCCGUCUUACCUGGCGCCCUGCUCAACUGGAUGCGCGACGCGCUGUUCCGCCACUUCUGCAUCGGUCAUAUGCCGUCUGACGUGUGGUCGCAAAUGAAUCGCCUCCGAGCACACGGCGUCAUGGCCAUGCUAGAUUUCCCGGAAGAGGACGACGCGACUUCAGCGCUGCAGCUGUACUGCACUCCGGCAGUCGCAUCGGCCGUCGUCGGCUCCGCCAACUGCCGCGGAAAGCAGGAGAUAGUCAGUGGGGAUAGGGGCGGGGCUUCCGGCACCGCCUCGCCUAUGUCGUACGACUAUGAUCCAUCGCGGCUCGAGGUGCCGUACGGGAGGAAUUUCCAAGGCUUCAUGGCGGCGAUUGACACGGCGGCGUCGUUACCCGGGCAAAAGUUCUCCCUUAUAAAGCUUAGUGCACUGACAGAUCAUUUUGCUGAGAGGGGUGAUGGCGGCGGCGGCGAUGGUGGGUGCAACGGCGACCAGGAGUUCUUGGUGAACGUGUCAGCUGCGCUGCACCGCGUGCUGGCGGCCCUGCAGCGGCGUGGCGUUGUGGCCGCCGCUGGUGAUGGCCGUACAGUACCGUAUGGCGAGUACGACAUGGACGAGCUCCUGCGGCGUUGGGACAUGACGCCACCGGCUUCCGCUAUAUAUGUAUAUGUUGUUGAUACAGCGGGCUGCCAAGCUUCCAUGCCUGAAAGCAAAGAAGCCGAGCCAAACGGUGUCAAGGUCAUUAUCGACGCGGAGCUCAGCGCCAUGAGACCCGCCCUGGAGCACAUCGCACAUGACGUAAUGCGCCGGUACAACAACAAGAACAGCGGAGGAAGGGAGUACGACGAUGACGAAACUGGCGGCUGCGGCGGCGACAGGCGUGAGGCUGUCGUAUUUCUGACGUACCAGGCGUACUUGAAAGACAUCCAACAACGGCUGACUUUGGAUUUGUUUCGGGCGGAGAGAGAAGGGUACUCUCUAGGCGCUAAUUUGGUCAGCGGCGCCUAUAUGCACCUAGAGCGCCGCUGGGCCGUACUGCCGACCGCCGCCGCCAACGGCGGCGGCAGCGGCAGCGCCGCCGCCGCCGCCGCCACCCCAUCAUCCGUCUGCGCGACCACUACAUCACCGACCGCCGCCGUCGCCGUCGGUACCACGCGGCCCAAUGCAACAGCAUGCCCAUUGCAUGCGGCAGAGCCGGCGUUGUACGACACUGUCGAAGGGACGCACGCGUCGUUCGCGGCCUGUCUGGAGCUGCUGCUAGAUGCCGUACGGGCCGAUCGCGCGGAGUUGAUGGUUGGGACCCACCAUCGCGGCAGCGUGUCGGCGGCGGCGGCGGGCAUGGCGCGCCGUGGACUCGGGCGUGCGACGGCGCCCGUGUACUUUGGUCAAUUGCUUGGGGUCGCUGACGAUAUCAGCUUUUCUUUGGGCGCUGCCGGCUUUAAGGUCUACAAGCUGUGUCCCUUUGGACACCCAGACAAGGUGGUGCCGUACCUUGCUCGCCGGGUGUACGAGAUGCAGUACGCUCUACAGGCGUCGGAGGGUCAGGAGCUGCAGCUAGCACAGUCGGAGCUGACGCGGCGGAUGCUGUACGGCGCCGCGGCGGCGGCGGGUGCAGCGGCGACAGCCGCCGCCGCGAAGGCGGCGGCGCUGCUGGCGGCGGUGCGCCGCGGUCGCCCGGGCGGCGGCCGCGGCAGCUGA